AUGGACACCACAAUCUGGACCAACCCCCUCAGUACCAUUGGCCUCGCAACCCUCACCUACCUCACCUACAAACUCACCUGCCAAGCAAUAAUCUACCUCCUCCCCGGCCAAUUAUCCCGCUACAACCGGCCCGGCACAAACUGGGCCCUCGUAACCGGCGCCACAGAUGGAAUCGGCUUCGGCUUCAGCCAAGAGCUCUGCGCCCGCGGCUUCAACGUGAUUCUGCACGGGCGCAAUGGCGAGAAACUCGCGCAGCGCGCUGCAGAGCUCAGCGCCGCAUUUCCAGAGCGCAAGACUGGCGUCUUGGUUCUGGAUGUGGUGGGGAUAGACGACGCUGUUGACGGCGUUGCGCAGCAAGUGCGCAAGAUUAUCGGUGGACAGGGCAGAUUGAGUGUGCUGGUUAAUAAUGUUGGUGGUGAGACGAGGCCGUCCGUUACACUUGAUGAAUUGGCAUUCGCCGAUGUGGACGCGACGAUUGAUAGGAAUGCGCGGUUCAUGGCGCAAAUCACGCGGGUGUUACUCCCGCUUUUAUCGGAGGGGGAGGGGCGAUCAGGACUUGUUUUGAAUGUCUCGUCCCUUUCUCAGUAUGGGCUGCCGUAUAUCAGCGUUUACUCUGCGACCAAGGGGUUCGUGGACUCGUUUACGCGGGCUCUGGAGGCGGAAUGUAGCGCUGAGGGGCGCGGCGUGGAUGUGAUGGGUUUGCGAGUUGGUCAAGUAAAGACUCCGGGGUAUGAUGUGGAUAGUAACCUGUUUGUUCCGUUGCCACGGCCCAUGGCAAAGGCAGCCCUGGACCGGGUGGGGUGUGGCAAGGUGAUUGUGUGGGCGUAUUUCUGGCACUGGUUGCAGGGCCUUUCAUUCGAGAUUAUGCCGCGGUCGGUGUUGAUGCGUAUAACAACCCAGAAGCUCAAGGCCAUCAAGAAGGAAGAGGAGGAGAGGAAGAAGAAGGCGAAGAGGCAAUGA